UCCAAUUUUUGCUACGAAUAUUUCACAAUAUUGAAAUAUAUAAGAGAGCACCCAGUACAUUGAGCAAAUUUUUUAAUUAAUCUACAUAUUAAUAGCUUACGUUUUCAUAAAUUCAUGUUUUUAUUGCAGGUAUUUUUAAAUUUCUUACUAGUUCUUCAAGUGAUUCAUGGCCACGAAUACGCCUUCAUGGAAGAUAAACCUGUUAAUCCAAUUUACGAAGAAAACGAUAAUAAAGUGGAAGAACCUAAAUUUAAUAGAAGGAUAAGUAUAUUUUCUUCACCCGCAGACAUUUUUAAGAGGAGCUUUCGUUCAGCGGUAAGCACUGGAAUGGUUCCACUUUACAAAACUUCGAACGAAGGCCAAUGUUUCUGUAAUAUGAGAUUUCAACCAAUUGAUUUGGGAAGAGAAUAUUAUCCUAGGUAUCUUCAAACGGGUAUUUGUCAACCAAAUUCCUGUAACAAGUUUCAACAAUGCGUCGAAAGAAAGUACAAAAUUAAGGUAUUAAGAAAAAGAGAAAUCAAAGAUGGCGAGGAAUCGAUGUAUUCUAGCCUUCCUAAACCACUACGGGACUUUUGGGUAGCGGAAACUAUCCCCGUAGGAGUAGCUUGCGACUGCGUCGUCGACGUGUCAUAUACUAAUAAUAUGUAAAUUUGAUAGAAAAUAUUUAAUCGUAUUCAAAAUAAAUUAUUG